AUGGCCGCCUUCGUGCGCGUUUCAGGCCCGGCAAAUGGCAACUUCCUGAUCGGUUAUCCUGGUAUCUCAGCCACGAUGGUAAGCGCCCUCCGUUUCGGUCCCAGGGUCGUCUCGCAUCCGACCUGCGAUCCCCUGGACUCGAGACCCAACCUCGAGCUCGGCGCGGUGAAAUACAUACUAACCAGACACACCUUGACAUCACAGCCUCGGAUCGAGGGUAAGGUCGAGAUCCGGCCUAGUAUCGGUAUCACCGCACCAGUCAAUGUCUCCCUCGUCACCAUCUCCCUCCUCCGUCGCGAGACCAUUCAUCCCUCGGCCGACUCAGUCACCAAGAAACGCCUCGCUCCGCCUCGCAAGGAAGUCACAGAUAUCGUUGGCAAGGAGAUGUUGCUGUUCCGCUGUCCAGCAGGCAAGGAAUUCGAGGAAGUAAUUGCGAUGGAUCUCCCGUUUGUGCUCUUUAUUCCAUUUGGUCGCGGUGGUCGUGAUGCCUCCCGACGGGUCCCUCCUGCAAGUCUGCAGCUUCCCAGCCGCACAGCUGAGACGUACUACGAGAUGGUGGUCAUGAUACAACAGGGCCAGUCCGAGCAGCGCAAAUACACCUUCCCAGUUCCCAUCGCCCGCUACGACACAUUAUCAACAUUCGGCAUGUACAAUCGCCCUGAGUCGGCAGAGCGGGUAUCAGAUCACUUGGUCACCUUGGCAAUUUCACUACCACGGUGGUCCUACGGCCCCCUGGAUCCCGUCAGUGUUUAUGUCAAAUUAUCCCCCAAUCAGGACUGGAUGGGCAAAGCCCGCAAAGUCACCAUCAACAAAAUCACCAUCGGUAUCGACGAGGAGAUCAUUUACAACCACGAGGGCGACGAGCCUCAGCGCAAAAUUAAGACCUUGACCAAGAAAACCGAGGCAGUGGGCGUGCGAUUACCCCAGUCCGGCUAUCUGACCAACCUGGGCUUGGUAUUUCCCGCCAAGGACAUGCGGGACUCGGAGGGUAUCUUGCCGCGGAGUCGCGCAGCCUUCCCCAUGUACGGCGUGAGCGGAUUUACCACAACGGCUAGCCUGUAUAAAAUUGAAUAUUAUCUUACAGUGCGCGCCCAUUUGACAUCGGCGCGAGAUAUCACAAUCCGACAACCUAUUGUCGUCUGCCCGCUUGACCACGUCGGAUGCAAGGAGGAGAUGGAGGCCAUCGAGCAGGCGGCUCGCGAUGCGGCCCAUGUCAACCCAGACAAUCCAAUGCUGCCUCUGCCAGCGAUCGUGCGACCCAAUGACCCAAAUGCCCUCAACCAUUUGGGGGUUGCCUUGGUCGGCAAUCAGAAGAAACCCCUAAUCGACUGA